AUGGCUAGGCAAAGGACCAGGGAAUAUAAGAGGGACAAGAAGCGAAGGCAGAGAGAGCGGCAAAAUGGGCCACAAAGAACUGCAAAGGCUGCCAGGAAAGAUGCCAAGGCCGCUUCAAAGGCCGUAAAGGUAGCUGCUAAGGCUCAGAGAAAGGCCAAGGUUACUGCGAAGGCAGCGGAGCAAAAGCGAAUGUCUCGGGCAAAUAAGAAGGAAGCCUUGAAGAAAGCCAAGAACCAAGAAAUGCGAAGAAAAGCUAAAGAGGCAUUCGAUGCUAUGCAACUGCGAUUGUUUGGCCACCCAGCGCGGACAGAGCUAAUAAUUAUGUUACAAGGGGACGGUGGACUUAAGUGGCGAACGCGGACUAAUAAUAUUUACCAAGGAGCACCUGCCACAUGUUCCGGUAUUAAAAAGACCCUCAGACUUGUUAAUGGCAAAGAGCUGCGAGGCGUACUCGAGAGAGAUCCCUACCCCGGCAUCCUCGUCCUGGUGGACGAAGAGUGGAGCAGCAGCCUUCCCGUAAUCGCGAUAGAAGAUAUGAUUGAGUAUUGCCAGACCGCUGGGACGCGAGAGAUUAAUAUUCAGAUACUAGACUUAGCAAAGUCCACGAUCGAUACUAAAGCUAGAAUAGGACAAGAAAUCGCUACCUAUUUUAAUACGUUAGCUGGUCAAAUAGUUAAUAACCCUUUUAAUCUCCUGAAUAUUACGAUUCCAUUGAUCGGUAUCGAUCUCUCGCCGCCCGGCUUUUCGACUUACUUUCCCCUCCUUCGCGAUUCCUGUAAUAUACUCAGGGACGGCAAAAUUCAGGAAAUCCGAAGCAAGCAGGCUACUACCAUAGUCCAGAGAAAAACCGGGUUUGAAGAUUGUAUAUAA